GGCGGUGCCGCCCUUGCCGCCACGGGAGCAGCUGCGGCGGUCCUGGGCGCGGCUGUCGGGCAGAGUGUGGUGUGUGUCUGUGAGUUGUGAGGCGGGCAGCCAUGCGGCGCUGGAGGCUCCUUCUCUUGCCGGUGCUCCUCGCCCUCCUGGUCUCCGUCAGAGGCCAAGAUGACUUCUCCUUAGGAGAUGCACUUUUGGAAGAAAGUACAAAGAAGCCUCUUGUAACUCAGAAGACACCAUCACAUACAGAUGAUUUAGACUUGUCCGAUGCUUUUGAUUAUGGUGAUCCCAAGCCACAUCCUCCUGCAAAUCCUAGUGACACUGAUAACCCCAAGCAAGAUCAACCUAAAGGCUCUGACAAAUUUGAUGAUUCAGAUCUAUUGGAUGGCAGUUCCCCAAGAGGAGGAAGCGAUGGCAGUGGCAGCAAUGAACGGAAGGGUCCAACUCCAAAAACUGGCCAAGACGAGGAGGCUUCUCAGGGAGCAAUAGCUGGAAUUAUAAGUGCUGUGGGUGCUACAGUAGUUGCAUCGGUAGCUAGUUUCAUUGCUUACCAGAAGAAGAAACUCUGUUUCAAGCAAAGCGCAGAUGAAGAGAAUGUGAAUAUGGAUAGCCACAGAGGAGCACAAUCUGAGCCACCUGUUCAGCGCACACUUCUGGAGAACUAAAUUAAAGAAAGAGUGCUGAAGAACAGAUCUUUGGAACUGGAUAAGCAACCUGCAUUUUGCCAAAAAAAAAAAAAAAAGGAAACAAAAAAAGCAUAACAAA